AUGGCUUUUGCAGGAUAUCCAAGUAUGACUGGGGGCUUCGGUGCUCAACCUCAGGUGCAACCUCAAUUUCAACCUCAGAUGCAACCUCAGUUUCAACCUCAGAUGAUGCAACCUCAAUUUCAACCACAAAUGCAGCCUCAGUUUCAACCUCAGAUGCAACCUCAUUACAAUCCUUAUUCCGGUUAUGGUUUUUCUGGAGCGGGAAUGCCUCCUGCUCCUCCUGCCUCUAAUCAUUACCAUAAUUCCGGCACCGAAACCAUUCAAGGCGACACCGUUCAGACUGGAACCUUCAAGGGUCACGGUACCGGAGCUAAGAUUCAGGGCGGCUUCACCGCUUCCGGUAACAUUCAGUGA